AUGAAUGUUAAUACCUUCUUGCACUUUUUGAUUAUCUUUGCCAUCGCUGCUUUAGCGAGACCAAUUGAUCAUAGCCUUGAAAGCUUUGCUCCUGGUUGCGGCCUCUGUUAUUAUCAUGAUC